AGUGGCGCCGCCGGCCGGGCGAAAUCCUAGAACCCUAGAACGACAGCCGAGACUCGGACCCCCCCGUUGUUCAGUCGUGGGUGCAGUGCGUGCGAGUGUGCAGUGGUUUCGGGAGCUGUUUCAACACCGGCGUGGCCUGGAGCGUGCGAGGUUAAAUUCGUGGUUCGUGGUUAGUGCAGUCAAGCAGGAGUUCGAUAGGGACGAGUGUGUUAGCCAUAGUGGAGGAAGCAGGGGUCCAUGAUGCCCCCCAUAAUAGGGGAAACACUGCGCGUAUGGUUCCUCUCGGCGUUGGUGGUUCACGGUGCUGUCGCCGGCAAUCCAGACGCGAAACGCCUUUACGACGACUUGCUUUCUAACUAUAACAAACUAGUGCGCCCUGUUGUGAAUACCUCGGACGUACUACGUGUGUGCAUUAAAUUGAAACUUUCGCAGCUCAUCGAUGUGAACUUGAAGAAUCAGAUCAUGACGACGAAUCUGUGGGUCGAACAGUCAUGGUACGACUACAAACUGCGAUGGGAGCCGAAGGAGUACGGUGGUGUUCACAUGUUACAUGUGCCAUCCGACCACAUAUGGCGGCCCGACAUAGUCCUCUACAACAACGCCGACGGGAACUACGAGGUGACGCUGAUGACCAAGGCCACGGUCUACUAUUCGGGAUUGGUCGUCUGGCAACCGCCAGCCGUAUAUAAAUCCUCCUGCUCCAUCGACGUUGAGUUCUUUCCGUACGACGUACAGACCUGUGUUUUGAAGUUAGGCUCCUGGACCUAUGACGGUUUUAAGGUCGAUCUAAGGCACAUGGACGAGAAAUCGGGAAGCAAUGUAGUGGACGUGGGAGUCGAUCUCUCCGAAUUCUACAUGUCGGUAGAAUGGGAUAUUUUAGAAGUACCUGCAGUACGAAACGAGAAAUUUUACACCUGCUGCGACGAGCCGUAUCUGGAUAUCACGUUUAACAUAACAAUGCGAAGAAAAACACUUUUCUACACUGUGAACAUAAUCAUUCCGUGUAUGGGAAUUUCCUUUCUUACGGUACUGACGUUCUACCUACCUAGCGACAGCGGCGAAAAGGUCACGCUCUCCAUUUCCAUUCUCAUCAGCCUUCACGUGUUUUUCCUGCUGGUCGUCGAGAUCAUUCCACCUACGUCGCUGGUCGUGCCGCUGCUUGGAAAGUACCUGAUAUUCGCCAUGAUACUCGUCUCGAUAAGCAUAUGCGUGACAGUGGUUGUGCUUAAUGUUCACUUUCGAUCGCCGCAAACUCACAAAAUGGCGCCAUGGGUGAAGAGAGUUUUUAUCCACAUCCUUCCUCGCCUGCUGGUUAUGCGGAGGCCCCAAUAUAAAUUCGAAACAAAUAGCUUAUCAAAGGAGAAGAGAAGAGGCAAAAGAAAAUAUAGUUCUGGCAGAGUGCUAAUGAAAACAGUCGGAGGGAAGGAAAAGCCCUUCUAUUAUCCUUAUCAUCCAUCUACUCAGGAGGACAGCGAAGAACAUCUAACACCCAAACGAUUUCACAGCCGCAUGCGUGCUGCAUCGAAGGAAGACCUCUCACCUUCCAGCCUUGCUGACGGUGCAAGGUUCGGUGGAAGUUGCUUAAUCCACGGGCCACCGUUACCGCCGCUUCCUCUUCAUACAGAAUGCGAGGAUCUCUCUGUUUCUGGCGAAGCAGGAAUCGAAGAGGUGAAAAGUCCGGUACUACGAAGUCCACCAGCCUUCUCGCAUUCGCGUUGUCCUCCCGAAAUUCACAAAUCCUGCAUCUGUGUGCGUUUUAUCGCAGAGCACACCAAGAUGCUCGAAGACUCGACUAAGGUGAAAGAAGACUGGAAAUACGUGGCGAUGGUCUUGGACAGACUGUUUCUUUGGAUCUUCACUUUGGCGGUGCUGGUUGGCACAGCUGGUAUCAUCCUGCAGGCUCCCACCCUCUACGACGACCGAGUACCAAUUGAUAAAAAAUUCAGCGAAUUCGCAACCACGACGGUAGUAAACUGUCCGCCGCAAUAGUCCAUGCCCGAGCCCUGCACCGUAGAGAAAGACUAAGGACCAACACCCGGAUGUAAUUUACUACCAACCCGGAAUCCCACCCUAGUCUUAGGAACUUCCAGAUUCCACCGCUGUUCAAUAACGAAAUUACGGUAAAAGGGCUCCAUUCCCCAAAGCAAUUGCAAAGUAUACGACAAGCACCAAGUUUCACAAAGGGAGAACAAAGAAAUGAAAGGACGAAAGUUGAAGGAAAUACUAUAUGAGAUUAUCUUUCUAUAUACCCUCUGCCACCUCCCGGUAUCGUCGUAAAAUCUGACGUUGUUCCUAAAAUAAUAAUAAUAAUAAUAAUGCAAAUUGCUACACGGACCGAUACGUUGGAAACGAUGCGUCGUCAAGGAGAGAAUACUUUGGAAUGUUGACGCUUUAGGUUGAGAAAAUAUAUUUGCCAGAAGCAUCGUGGAGAAAAUCUAUUCCCUGUGACUUUCCUUGUUUCGAUCGUUACGAACCUAAACAAACGAACGAUUGCGACGCGAUUAUCGACCGUCUAAGAACCUUGAUUUAUUUCCUAGCUUCGUUCGAGUAUUGCCGUUGUGAAUAAAAGAAACGAUCGACUCGUCGAUACGUUGCGAACAAUUUUGAAAAGGAACUUAUAUCUACAUAGUCUGCUCAAGUAAAUCGUAAUAUGAAGCUGCCACUAUUUAAAAUCGGGUUAUCUUAAAGCAACAAGCUAAUUAACGGUACAUUGUAAUAAUAAUCUAGCUAAGCCCAUGGCGGCUCUGAUCGAACUACCGGGAUGCUCGAGUAGAUCGAACGAACAAACAGAAUGUUGGAACGUUGUUCACGAUGAAUACGAUUGGUCCCGGACUAGGGGUUACGAACAUUCACGAGUAAACUGUCGCGUGUUUUAUAUAUCCCGUUUACCCGACAUGUUAAGAGAAAUUAUUCUAGGUAUCACGAUCGUAGGUAGCUCGUUGUACGACACGAAUUUAGCGUGUAACAUUACGUAUAACCGAUUAGUUGUAAACAUUUAGGGACGUACCCGUUUGUACGAAUGUAUCUAUAAGGGAAACGGAGCAGAGGAAAGCAUUGAUUUGAAUGUAUGUGCAUCCAAAUGUCACUUGAGAUUGUUACUCGAUAUUUUGUUCUUUGAACGUUUUUCGAAAAUCGCGCAAACGUAUUUUCCAUUUAUUCCUUAAUUUCGCAUUUUUAAUGGCAGGAACCGAUUUGUAGCGAGAAAUUAAAAGACUAUAUUUCAUUCGUUAUGUAUAGAUCUACCUAUAACGAUAAUUCGUUUUGCAUUUUUAUUGCAUUUUUGCAAACGCAUAGCAAGCAAUUCAAAGUGAGAACUUAAAAGAGUAUAUCUCAUCUAUUAUCUGCACGUUAAAUUGAAGCCGAGUUAAACUUUAUUUGUAAUGUUAAUCACGUAUCGUGUAUUAAUCAUGUUAAUUAUGUAAUAUACACUUCGCAUCUAAUAGGAAUCCAAUUGCUUUUUUAAUAAAGUCCGCUACGUUUCCUUCGAUCAAUUUUGAAAUAGUUAGAAAUUUUCUGAAAGUUAUACAAAAUUCGAACGACUCCAUCUUUUAUGUAAACGUGCUAAUAAAAACAGCUUUUUGUGAAAUUACAGUAGUUGGUAUUUCAAAACACGUAUUACAAAUAAGUUCUUACAAAAUUUGUCUAACGCAUAUGCAGUUAUAAAAAUGCGAAAGUAUCUUUUUUUGAGAUAUUACUGGAACUAAAUAAUACACAUCCAAGCAAGGUAAGUAUUUGCCAAACUAAACAAUUCUUGAAACUUGCAUAAUUUCACGCAAAAUGGAAAAUAGGAAAACGUAGUGGACAUAAAAUAUUUCCGUUUGUUUUCUUUAGAAUAUUUAGCGUAUCAUACAAUGUGUUCAUUGUCGAUAUAUCGGUAAUUAGCACGAAAUAUAACUUAACAAUUCCCAUUCGUCGUUCGAUGCAUACUAUCUCGAGGGACAUUUCGUUGCACACAUGUUAUACUUCGCCUCUGUAAAAAUAUUGUAUUUUGUAACAAGAGUCGAAACCCGCGAGACAUUACGAUAAUAAUAACCAAUAGUUCUGUAAGAACAAGUAAAGCAUACGAAUUCUAAAGCUGAUAGAUGUAGCUCAUUGAACAACCGUUGAUGUCGUUGUUCAAUGCUGUAGUACGUGGUUGAUGUCACUGUGAGUUGUCUUCGUUCCUUUUUAUUCCGUUUCGUGUUCAUCCGUUUCUUUCACUUACAUUUUCAUUAGAUAAUUAUGCGCUAUAUACAAAUAUGUACUGUCGCAGUUAAAUGAUCGUUAGUUGCGCCUCGUGCGAGCGGACUGAUAUUCGCGAGAAUUGUAACAUAACGUCGGAGAAUCUGCGAUUCCAUGGCAAAAUUCACGAAUUACCAAUGCUCAACGAUAAUCGUUCAUUUCUAGCUUCGUUAAACUCACCACUACUUUUUCGCGAUAGAAGGAAAAAGCCUUAUCCGGACAUUUUGCGACUCGACUCGGCGAAUCCCUAAUUCUUCGACGUUUCUUAGAUUAUAUUCGUAGCUGAGAGUAAUAAUUUUAACGCAUCCAAGGUACGAUGCCUUACGUCACGUUGCAUUGUAAAUACAUUUGUAGGAUGAGAAGUAUUGGUUCCGUAAAUACUGCCAUUAGAAAGCGUUGUUAGUGUGAAAGACGUUUUUGAGUCGUCGUAUUGAUAAGCUCCGCGGUUCCUCCUCAAUCGGUAGCUACUUGUAAAACACGUAUGUACGAGACUAGGCUGAUAACGAAUCAAUACUCGUCACUGUACCGUGAGAAUGAAGACAGCGAACGAAACGAGAAAGAAACUAAAAAGCAAUUUAUUGGCUACGAACUAACGUACCUAUUUUUCCAUAUAAUCGCAAGAUUUUUCAUUCCGUUAGCGAAGGAUUCUGCUUUCGAUAAAAGGACUCGCAGCUGCCUUGACUUCAUCGUCGCGCUUCAAACGAACGAAAUCCGACGUAUUUCCCUAGUCGUAACGUUUUCCACCGUUAAAAAUUCAAUUACUGCACGCUGCUCGAAUCUCGUUGACAUUGCAUUCAACGUUGAACGAGCGUUCAAGCUCGUCGUAAACACAGAGGAAGCUAUGUAGCUACAAACUGAACGUAGCCGGUGCCGUUCCCGCUGCUUUCGUUCUCCAGUUACACGCGAGCAUGCGUUAUUUAUCGACCUAGCCUCGUGCAAAAUUAAAUAAAAAUUAACAAAAAGUGGGGCAUCAAGUUCAACAUUGACCAACGCGUAAAAAUUUCAAUGUCGGAGAACAAACGGAUGUAAACGAUAAACGAAUGGUUUCUGAUUGAUGGAGAACCGAUCUCGGAACACGUAGUGUCGGAAGACAAGUAAAAGUAUUUGCUACCUGAUUGAAAAAUCGUCCAGUGAACGCCGAACGAAUGUUAGAACGAACGGGAAGUCGCAACGUCGACGUUUCGGCCGCGAUGUUCCAGAGGCCACGAUUCUCCCUUAGAGGAACGAACGAGACUUGCAAGAGGUUUACUUUGCACUAAAACGAUAGGAAAGAACGCACACAUUUUCUAUGAUAGAGUCAGUUACUUAUUUACAUGUUAACAUUGUAAUUACGCAUUAGUGCGUCGAAGCAGUUGUACCGGAUCGCAAGCUCGGCCCCGCAAAGCUACGAGUCUUAAAGUCUCACUUUGACAAUAGUAGAUUAUUCCAACGAUGAUCGGCUAUUGUUACAUUGAUAUUUUAACAGUUGUUAACCUGUCGCUGUAGUUGUUUAGUUGUUGUUGACGAUGAAGCAGAGCGGUCGAGGUAAUUGUCCAAGAGCCACGAAGGGGAAAGCUAAAAGUUCUUGAAAGCGAGAACCAGAGCGCGGUAUUUAGAUAGUAAUUAGCGGCAUAGAACAGAUAUUAUAUAUAAAUAUAUAUAUAUAUAUAUUAAGUCUAAGGUGUGUAAAUAAUAUGUACAUAGCUAAAGAUAACGUAAGCCAGAUAUUAUAAAGCGAUUGAGGUUUUUUUACUAUUGCAAAAAACUGGGAUCACGCGUUGCACGAAAGGGUCCCACGACGCUGUUUAAAAAUCGUUGUAACGCGAAGAUGGUCGGUAGUUGAGAUUCAUUAAACGUCAUUUUGUUUGAUCAAUGACAACGAACGAGUCGACGUAAUUUCGUUUUUCUCCGUUGCUUCGUUAAGCUAAGUGUGAGUGUAAGUUCCGUGCUGUUUCUGUCUGUUCUUUCCAUGGCGUAUGCUAUACGAUCGUGUUUUGUCGUAAGAUUGUGUCAUAAUAUUAAUAUUUCAUAAGAAUGUAAACGAUUUCUGUGUUCGCGUGUGAAAUUUCAAUCGAUGUUCAACUAAUCGUUACGGAUGUAAUAUUUUCAAGUUUUUAUACACAAUUGCUCGAUCUUAAGCGAAAGAUAAAAGAGAAUGCAUUCUUCUCGUCGAUGGAGAUUCUAGACCACAGCAGUUUGUUCAAGCGUCUAAUUGUAUUCCUCGCGAUAACUUCUCUACUUUAGUUCAUUCGAUAACGAUAAUUCACGUUUAUAAUAUUUUCAUUCACGCAACAAAUACAUAUAUAUAUAUAAACGUUAACGGGUCUCGUCUAACUAUAUUAACCUUAGGAUAAAAUCGCAAUGCUGCAGACGAUAACUUGCUAAGUGGAGUCAUUGGUCAUCGUGGCCUUCGCCUGGAACUCUACUCAACGUUUUUCCCAGCGGUAAAGAGUGGCGUUUUGCCGACGAAACAAGCAAAAAUAACGCGGAUUCAAAUCGUUCCUCGAUACACAAUUUAUACAGAAUUAAAUGGAAGAAGGGAAGAAACAGGAGCGUGCUUGUUUGCCCGUAUCUUGAUCGAUAUUUAAAUAAAACUGCAUAUAUUCUGAGAGCGAUCGCUAUGCGGGUGUUACCUGAAACACGAAUGGAUUUUAGUAUCGAAUCUUCGUGAAUUUCGUGUAUAUUUGUUUACUGAAAUUCGGAAGAUACUCGUGCGACCUUUGUUCGUCAAGAAUCUCUGAAAAAAGAUACAAAACAAAAUUCGAUGUUAACAAAUUACCUUCACCUUUUAAUACCUUGUUCUUUCGCCAAGACGCUGGUAUUUUUUUAACGUCUUUUUCUAUGUGUUAUAAAAUUCGAACCGACAAAAAGCAAAGAUUCGGCGAUGAUAGGAAAGGGUUGAUUUGCAAAAAGUUUCGAAGAACGUUUUUCUUGAAGGCUUGGAAACUUCUAAGUAAAAAAAAAAAAAAAACAUUGCGCAAAAUGCCGAGGAAUUAAUUAAAAUCAAUCGAAGCUCGUUACAUGUACCGUAACCAUCGUUAAAUAAACGGAAUAUGUAAUAAAUUUAAGAAGAUACGGAGAAAUCGAACUUAAAACAUAUUGUACACGUAUUUUCAGCGUAACGAUAUAUUACAGUUGGAUCGCGGAUUUUUGUGCAUUCAGCAAAAAUGUGAAAUUAGGAAAAUGUACAAAAUGCAUGUAGCACGCGAAAAGGAAAAAGAUAUUUGAAGCGAAAAACUACUUGUUGCGAUAUUUCACAGGUGAAAUAAUAACUUUAUGUAAGUAGGUUACAUUUUGUUAUGUUAAUAAAAAUAGAAAAUUGCAUAAAGAUCCACAGUCUAAAUGUAGUACAUCGUUUGACUUAAAAACGAUACAAUUUUUCGUAAUACCAUGAAACAGAUACAUCGAUUCUCGAUAAAUUCAACCUACAUUCUUCAUUUGUAUCUCCUACUUCGUAUGUUACAGUGCCAAGUAAACGCGCGACAAGCCUAAAUCGUAUAAUGACAAUAAACGUUGAAAAACAACCAAACAAUCAGUCAUCGUGAAAUCUGCUCUUUUCGAUUAUCUCAUCGACUCGCGAAAACUCGACACGACGUACCAAAAUGUUCAGUCAUUUAUGAUAUUCUGGGAGCGACAAAGAAGAAAAAUUCCAUUCGAGUCAAGCGAUCGGCUAACGUGGAACGAUUGAAAGGGAGAAAAGUAACUUGUCACUUCCAGAACUGCCAGAAUUUCUCUUCUUAUCACUUCAUUAUGAGUUGACUGUCCGAGACUCAUUUAUAUCGACACCCGCGUCCCGAUCUUUGACCACUUGACACGUUUUAAUGCGUAACUUAAUAAAAGGUAGCUUAACAAUUCCAUACUUGAGAAAUAUUAGUGACGUAGGCUAAGGAUGAGUAAGGAUAUGGUUACAUUAUAACGAUAAUUAUAGUAAACGAAUGUACUGUAUAGCGAUAGUGCUAUUUAAAAUGAGAAAAAUAACGAGCAGAAAAAAUAAUAAGGGAGAAAAUUAUCCGAGUAUUGAAUACUAUCGUUAGAUACAACUACUAUGUAUAUCGUUUGUUAAAUAUGUACCUAUAAAUUAUUGACGACCGUUGUUCUAAGACUACACGAUGUAAGGACGAGAUUCUUGUUGCUUGGUUUUGUAAUCAUGCUUGAUAAAAGCAUUCGAAGAAUAAAACUUGUUGUCGUAGAAA